GGGAACAAAAUAUACCAAUUUGUCUCCUCCAAGUUCCCAUAAAAGCACCAAAUUACCCCUUUAUUAAUUUGUUCAGCUAAGCAGAGACCUGCCGAAAAAUCGCCGGAAAAAAUGGCAUCUAUCUCCACUCAUCAUUAAUUGAGGUAAUCUAUAUUCCGAAAUUUUAAAAAUGAAAUUUUCAUUAUAAAAAUUUGAGUUGUCCUUAAAUGUCGACUCAAAAGUUUUACAAACCUGUAAAACAAUUUUGCUCAAAUUUCUUCAAACUCCAGCAAAGUCUCAAUCUUGAAACCCAUUUAUCCUUGGUUUUAGACUUGUUAAAAUCCAGGGAGUUUGAUGAAGCUGAGAAUAUAUUGAAUGCUGUUGUUGUUUCUGAUGGUCUGAGGAAACCAGUUUCAAAAAUAGCUUCUUUGUUGAGUGAGAAUCAUGUAAAACAUAAGGUUAUGGGGAAGAUGUUUAAUAUGUUAUUUAGUGUUUAUGUUGUCAAUAUGAGGUUUAAUGAAGCUCUAGAGGUUUUUGAUUAUAUAAAAAGGGGGGGCUUUAAAAUUGAUGAUAGAGCUUGUAUGGUUUACUUGCUUGCUAUGAGGAGGCAAAGGCGACAUGACUCGUUGUUAGAAUUUUUCCACAAGAUGGUUGAGUUUGAUGUGAAAAUUACAGUUUAUUCGAUGACGCUGGUAAUUGAUGGAUUGUGUAAAAUGGGGGAGGUUUGUGAGGCAAGAAAGCUCAUGGAUGAAAUGACUAUUAAAGGGGUGUAUCCAAGUGAUUACACUUAUAACAUAUUAGUACAAGCAUAUAUGAAGACACAAGAUUUUGUGGCUGUAAAUGAGAUUUUGAGGAAAAUGGAGAAGGAUGGUUUCAAUCUCAAUUUGACAAGUUAUACUCUUUUGAUUAAAGGAUAUUCAACUUUUGGCGAUCUUGAAGAGAUUGAGAGGUUGCUUAGGGAAAUAGAAGAGAAGGGCAUAGAGCCAAAUGUUCAUUUAUGCACCUCCAUGAUUAGUGGUUAUAGUAAGUUAGGUAAUGUUAUGAAGGCAUUUUCAACGUUUGUAGAAAUGGUGGAGAGAGGCCUCAUUCCUGAUGGUCACGCAUAUGGAGCUUUGAUAAAUGGCUUCUGCAAGACUGGACUAAUGCAAAAAGCUGAAGCUUUGCUUAAUGAGAUGCAAAGCAAGGGAAUUGAAAUAGACCGAGUCAUGUUUAAUACAAUGAUGGAUGGUUACUGUAAGCAGGGUAAUGUGGAUGAAGCACUGAGGCUACAGAGAAUUAUGAAGGGCAAAGGAUAUCAGCCUGAUGCAAAUGCUUACAAUAUAAUUGCUACGGGCCUGCGUAAGCUAGAUUUGCAUGAUGAAGCAAAAAGGUUGUUGCUCUCGAUGGUGGAUCGAGGUGUAGCCCCAGAUACAGUUAGUUAUACAACUUUGAUCGAUAUUUAUUGCAAGCAGGGAAAUUUUGCGGAAGCAAAAAGGGCACUUAUUGAGAUGGAAACUAAGGGAAUUAAGCCUAACACGGCAACGUACACUACACUGGUAGAUGGUUAUUGCAAGCUGGGAAAAAUUGUUGAUGCAAAAAGGAUACUUAGAGUGAUGGAAGCUAAGGGAGUUAAGCCUAACGCAACAGCAUGCAAUGCAUGUGCCCUGAUAGACGGUUAUUGCAAGCAGGGAAAUUUCAUUGAAGCAAAAAGGGUAUUUAGUGAGAUUGGAACUAAGGGAGUUAAGCCUAACACAGUAACGUACACUGCCCUGAUAGAUGGUUAUUGCAAGUUGCGAAAUCCUGCUAAAGCAGAAAAGGUACUUAUUGAGAUGGAAACUAAGGGACUUAAACCUAACACGGUAACGUACACUGCCCUGAUAGAUGGUUGUUGCAAGGUGGGAAAUAUUGCUAAAGCAAUAAAAGUACUUAUUGAGAUGGAAACUAAGGGAGUUAAGCCUAACACGGUAACGUACACUGCCCUGAUAGAUGGCUAUUGCAAGUUGCGAAAUCCUGCUAAAGCAGAAAAGGUACUUAUUGAGAUGGAAACUAAGGGAGUUAAGCCUAACACGGUAACGUACACUGCCCUGAUAGAUGGUUGUUGCAAGGUGGGAAGUAUUGCUAAAUACACCUCACUUGUACAUGCGGAAUGCAUAUCAGGAAACAUAGAUGAUGCCCUGAAACUUUUCAAUGAGAUGCCUAGAGAAGGUUUAGUACCAAAUGUGGUGACUUACACAGCAAUGAUUUCUGGCUUAUCGAAAGAGGGCAGAUCAGACGAAGCCUUCAGAUUAUAUGAUGGGAUGAUAGAGGCAGGCCUUACACCUGAUGCUAGCGCAUAUUCUGCUCUUGACAUUCUCAGAUAUUCCAUGUGCCUGGCUUGUUGCUUGUUAAUGCAGAUCUUAUGUUGUCCUUGGACAUGGUCCGCCAUAAUCUCAAGGUUUGAUAUUUACAUAAAAUUCACGACAGAGCAAAGCAUUGCUCAGAUAGGCAAUUUUAAGCUGCUUGAUUCCUCUUAUGAUUUUAGCACAAUGACCUUAUGAGAGGAUAAUCAGGCUAAUGUAUCUGUAAGUAUUCGGAGGACUGUACAGUGUAACAGCCUUCUGUUUUUGUAUCAGCAUGACAGUGUUAUUAAAGGCGAAAAACGCAAAAAAGCUCUAAGAUUCUGUUGGGGCUUGAAGUGCAAAGCGCUAAUAAAGUGUGGGCUUUAAUGAAAAAAGGCGCUAAGGGACAAAAAAAUACAAAUAUAUGGGUUUAGUCGAAGACUAAUAAUUAUAAAUGUGAAUGACAAAUAUAUGACUAAAGAAAUUGAAAAAACUAUGAUAAAGUGAAAUAUCAAUUGUUUAGUGUCACUUCUUCAGAAGAGACUCGUUGGCAAGGAAAAGUUUGCCUUGGAACCUUGAUGACCACACUGAAGCGCACAUAAAGCGAGACGAAGCGCUCAACACGUUUUGAGCCUCGCUUCAGGCUUAAGUGCGCCUUUGACUACACCGCAACAUGAAAGACCUAGAGUGGGUUAGGUUAUGGUGUUAGAAGAUAAGUUCUGUUUACUUUCGCAGUCAUGAUGAGAAAACCACUGCUUAGUGUAUUAUCUUAAACUUUGGAGGCAUUUGGUUCAAAAUAUUUUGCUAGUUUUAAGCUAUGUUGCUUCCUUUGUUUCCAGUGCAAUAUUCUCUUGAGAAUGGAAGAACCCGAAGAAAGAAGUGUGUCACCAUGGAGAUGCUGGUGGAUGAUGACGAGUUUGUAGGUAACAUCUCUUUCUUUUUGGCUGAGUGGCCUAGUUUUAAUGUUAAUCUAUACCAGGCGUAAGCUUUAACCAAAAGCUAUAGUGGUUUAGAAGUUGGAUCACUCUUGUGCAACAAUCGUGUGAUAUUAGUGGUCAGUUAUCCUCACAAGGAAGAAGAAAAAGAGAAUGUUGUGAGAGGUGUUUCUUGUACCAGAUUAUGGUAAAGACUUUUCAGAUAAUGCAGUGUGUUCUAAUAUUAGGGGUGAAAGAAAAGAUGUCAUAUGGCAACUCUCACCAUUGUGGCUUCUGAGGCACAAUAUAUAUGCAGCACCCAGUCCAAUUGUUAAUAAGUUAAUAUGGUGAUGAUCUUUGUUCCUUGACUUGCGUUUUGACACAAGCGCACUCGUCAAAGUUGCCUACACUCUCUGCUGAUUUAUAGCAGCAUUGGGUAUGUAUUUUAUCAUACAAGCGAUAAACUGGUAUGUGACUUUCUUGUACGUGUUUCUGAUAUUCUACUUUCAUAAUCCCUUCUGAAGCUGUCUAUAACUCUUGAAAAAAAUGAAGCAUGAGGUUCUGUUUGUCAAAAACUUCUUUGGUUAAGAUCUUUCUAUAAUCUUUUGGAAUUUCAUUUUUACAAUUCUUUAGUUUGAUAAAGAACUCAUGAUGAUUGUGGCACUUUACAGUUUGCUUCAAUGUGUACGCCAAUAUGCUAAUAUAUUUUGAAGUAUGAGAUGCUCUUUUCUUGAAUAUACUUUUAAUCUUUUUUCUCUGUUACUUCCCUUUCCCAUUUGCACCUUGUUACUAUUUUGCUUUCAUAGUGAGGUGAGAAAAGAAUGUUGCCUUUUGGACAUACUGCUAUUUGUCUGAGUAUCUUUUACCUCUCUUUGCAGAUUCUUUUCCGGGUUCAUGAAUGAGAGGAGGAGGAGGAUUAAAUCGAUUGGUGGAGCAGGGCAGCUUGUAUAUAUUCCACUUUGAAGGAGUAUUUCCUGUUAUUGGAUACAGUUUCUAGCCUUGCUAAAUGCUAAUACAUGCUGCCCAUGGAAUUUGUCAUAACUAAGAAACUCCAACUAGCUUGGGAUUAAGCAUAGUUGUUUUUUGUUGUUGGACAACUAAGAAACUCAUAUGACGGCUAUUGAUAUUAUAUGUAUGUGCAUGAAAUAUUAAGUUAUUGUUGAUUGAA